AUGGAAGUGGCAGACUUAGUGAAGACAAUAAUGGAUGCCCAUAAUCCCAAUUGGCUAGAUGUCCAACAACUCAUGGGGACAUUGUUCAGCCCCGAGGAAAGGGAGAAAAUUAGGAAUGCAAUCAGUGAAAUAUUAAAACCUGAUGUUACACUGAAUCAUUCUUUAAUUGAUCUCAUGGAUGAGAAAUACCCAUCUAGUAACCCAGACUGGGAUCUUUACACUGAUGAAGGGAAAACACGAUUGAGGGAUUACCAGUCCCUUGUAGUCCGAGCCAUUCGCCUUGCAGGAAAGCCUGUGAUUAAUAUGUCAAAGCCUGCUUUAAUAUUGCAGGAACCCACCGAGAGCCCAGAAGCAUUUUACACCCGGCUGGUAGAGGCAUACCGUAUGUACACCCCUAUAGACCCCUCAGCCCCUGAGAACGCGCGUAUGAUGACUAUGGCAUUCAUUUCCCAGAGUGCCCUGGACAUACGACGUAAAUUGCAACGUCUUGAGGGUGCCCUGGGAAAGCCCAUGAGCGAGCUGAUGGAAGUGGCCCGCAAGAGGAAUCCUGGCGGCUUAUGGUCGCUAGAGAUCUCAGCAACAGGAAAGAGGAAACGUGGAGACAGUUCCAAGUUCCUCAUUUGUGGGCAGAAGAUAACCCCCCCCGGCUUUGCAGCUCAUCAUCCACCCAUUCUGGUAGAGGAAGUGCCGAUGAAAACCCCCGUGAGGAUUCGCCAGGGGGCGUAUCCACUCCACAUUAUGCAGGCUAUUCAGGACAUUAUUGAUAUAUACUUGGAACAUAAUAUUCUAGUGCCAACUGAGUCUCCUUGGAAUACCCCAAUAUUGCCCAUCCCGAAGGGGGAUGGCCGCUUUAGGCCAGUGCAGGAUCUCAGGUCUGUUAAUUUGGCCACGGUGACCAUCCAUCCGGUGGUGCCCAACCCAUAUGUGAUACUAGGCCUAAUUCCCCAGGCCGCUCAGUGGUUCUCGGUCAUAGAUUUGAAGGAUGCCUUUUUCACCAUACCCAUCCAUGAACAUAGCCAACACUUGUUUGCUUUUGAAUGGGAGAACCCUGUCACAGGACGGAAACAGCAGUACACUUGGACAAGGCUGCCUCAGGGGUUUAAAAAUUCACCAACUCUCUUUGGGGCAGCUCUGGCAAAGGAUCUAGGAGCGUUGCACACACCAGCCCCUGACGUGGUGUUGCAAUAUGUAGAUGAUCUCCUGGUGACAGGACUCAAUGAGGAACUCUGCUGGGACAAUACCAGAGACUUACUUUCCCUCUUGCAGAGUUUAGGAUAUAAAGCCUCUAGGAACAAAGCACAAUUAGUUUUACAGAAGGUCAGGUAUUUGGGUUAUGAUAUUGAACAAGGGAAGAGAACACUAGGCCAUGAGCGCAAGGAGGCUAUUUGUCAACUUCCUAGGCCAACUAGCAGAAAAGACUUGAGGGGAUUUCUGGGAGCGGCAGGGUUCUGUCGUAUAUGGAUUCCCAACUUUAGCCUCAUUGCACAACCUCUCUAUGAGGCCACAAAAGGGGCCGAUAAAGACCCACUUCAGUGGGCCGGUGAGGAGGAAGCCAGCUUCCUCUCACUCAAACAGGCCCUAUUGCAAGCUCCUAGUUUAGGCCUCCCAGAUUUAGAAAAGCCAUUCCAGCUAUUUGUGGACACUAAACGGAAUGUUGCAGUAGGCGUCCUCACCCAGGUCAUUGGCACUUGGCACCGCCCUGUGGCAUACCUGUCUAAACAACUUGACAAUGUUGCCAAAGGGUGGCCCACUUGUCUUAAGGCUGUGGCUGGGACAGCCCUCUUGACCCAAGAGGCCAGUAAAUUGACCUUUGGUCAGCAAUUGGAUAUUCGAACCCCCCAUGCCCUUAGGUCGGUUUUGGAAAUGAAGGGACACUUGUGGUUGACCAACCCCCGCAUGCUCAAGUACCAAGCGAUCCUCACUCACAACCCCAUGAUCACCAUUACCCAAUCCACCUCCUUGAACCCUGCCACACUUUUACCCGAGCCUGACACAGAAUUAGUUCAUGACUGCAUCCACACAAUUGAGGAAACCUAUGCUAGUCGCCCUGACAUGAAGGAUGUGCCCCUCCCUGCUCCUGACUACACCUUAUUCACAGAUGGGACUAGUUACUUGCACGAGGGGAUUAGAAAGGCAGGGUAUGCUGUGGUCACUCUAGAUGAGGUAUGGGAAGCUGCACCACUGCCCCCGGGCACCAGUGCCCAACUAGCUGAGUUGCAUGCGCUCACACGAGCCCUUGAACUGGCUGAUGGUAGUGUGUGGGCCCCGAGCAAGGUGGCAGUCAUGCAUUGCCGUGGACACCAGAAGAUAGUAACGGACAUACACAGGGGCAAUGAGCGUGCCGAUAAAUUCGCACGUGAAGCUGCCAUGAUCGUCUUCAACCCAGUAGAACGGAACUUUGCCGUAUGGGUGCUGGAUGACCACCUGCGACCCCAUUAUUCAGGAGAUGACAUGGCUAGGCUGGAAGCACUUGAGGCACGCCCGGAGGGCCCUUGUGCGCUUCUUGUUAUUGUGUGCACGUAUACUGAGUGGCCGGAGUGUAUACCUACACGCACGAAGAAGGCUACCGAGGUCGCGAGGGCAUUACUCCAUAUUAUAAUCCCUCGAUACGGGUUGCCCUCUCGAAUUUCUUCGGACAAUGGUCCGGAAUUCAUCCACAAAGCGACCCAACAGUUAGCCAGGGUUUUAGGUAUUACCUGGAAACUGCACUGUAGCUUCCAUGCUCCUUCGGGAGGCAGGGUGGAGAGAGUUAAUCGAACAAUCAAGGACAAACUCGCUAAAAUAUGUCAGGAAACCCAUCUUAAGUGGACUGAUGCUUUGAGUUUGGCCCUGGUGGCUGUUCGAUGUGCCCCACGGAAAGAUAUCUCGGUCUCGCCUUUUGAAUUGUUAUAUGGCCGGAUCCCCAAUCUGGUCAAGAUUAAUGCCAAUGGCGACACCAAGAUCUCGGAUACUAUUCGGUUACAGCAACUUAGAGCCCUCAAUACCAUUGUCCAUGAAUUACAACGUUAUGUCCUCACGUGUAAGCCCCACAUGCUGGUGACUUCCCCACAUGAUAUACAUCCGGGCCAGGAAGUCUGGGUUAAGGAUUGGAAAAGGGAAACAUUAGGUCCGAAAUGGAGGGGGCCCUAUACUGUGGUCAUGUGUUCUCCCCUUGCUGUUAAGGUAGCUGAAAUAAGGUCGUGGAUCCAUUGGUCCCGUGUUAAAUUGGCUGCACCUACUCAUUGGAAAGUGGAAACCUGCCCGGGUUCUCCACUUAAGGUUAUCCUGAAAAGGGCGAAGAAGGAUAUCUCCCCUAGUGGUGACACACCGGAAGCUGUCCCUUUACCUACGGGAGACGAAGAGGAUUUGCUCUCCCCUAGUGGUGACACACCGGAAGCUGUCCCUCUACCUACGGGAGGCGAAGACCGUCGCACCCCUGCUGGCGUUACUCCGGAAGCUGACGCCCACCGCACGGCUCUCCCUUGGCGCCUGAGGUCUAGAGUUUCCCGUACCUAG